AUGGUUUAUCUUGAAUUGUAUCUUUCCCACCAUCCAAUCACAAGGUUUCUCGUGAAGCACUUCUACCAGUCACACCAGGAGCAGUAUGAAACACACAUGCACUACUUGGCAAGAUACAUGGACAAGAAAAUGCUCAGAAACCUUCAGAAGGAUGUGGUGUACCAGAUGAAGCAGCAUGCAGACUACAAGGCAUUUUACUUUCGCCCUGUGAUGGCAAAGUAUUACAGAGAGCUGAGGCAGGAAUACGAAUACCUCGAGUCAAUCAUGGGAGAAAAUAAACUCUUCGAAGACAUGUGCACUCGUCGGACUAGCGGGCCCAUCCAAUUCAAACUUGAGCUUGGCAGUGACACCAACCUAGAACCUCACGCUGAUCCUGAUGUCAAAAGAGAAUUCAGACGGGAGAGGGAAUCAAAGCAUUGCGUCAUGCUCCUGCCGUAUUUGCACGAGCAUGGCGACUGA